AUGAGUGGUAGAACUCGUGACGGUCAUGAGAAUUCCUUUCCUCCCCUCACAGUUCUAACCUUUUCUCAAGUCAGAGAUUUAAGCAAAGAAAAGUGAGACUGAGAGCUUUCGGGAAAGCGCUGGGAAGCAAUUUAGAAGGACCGGACCCUUCACAAUCUAAUUAUCUACUUUAGGUGUAAAAGUCUGGAUGGAAAGAGAUGCCUCGCGGUGACUUCAACGUUUAUUUUGCAAGCAGAGGACAGCAUGUUAGGGCCGAAGAGGCAGCUGGCAUAGCUCUGUUGGUUGUAAUUCUCGCAGCCCUUCUCAUCGUCGGAUGCUGGUAUUUCAAGAGGAGAAGCGGGUACAAAAUGAUCAGGAGCCCAAGAUCAGGGUCCCUGCCAGGAUUCAGUAGAGGACAGUUCAGCGAGGGAAGAGCUGCAGCAGAUAACAAGAUGGGCCUCAGUGAGCUCAGACCUGUGCUUCCCAAUGCCCCUCCUGCCUAUGAGAAGAUCUCAUCAGGACACCUACCUCCUCCCUACUCGCCAUAAUAACAACAGUCCUCUGUGGGAUAACCAAAAAUAUGAAACUUCAUGUGUUAUUUCAUUAAACACAUGCUCAAACUUGUGAAGAACAUAUAUUUUGUUCAUAGAAUUAUUCUUCAAUAUUUGGGUGGGGGGGGGCACUGUAGUUUCAUGUUAAUGUUUUGACCUUUUAGCUCCACAAGCUUUUAUUUCUGAAGGCUGCUCAAAGAACAAGACUUUCUAUCAAUCCCUGUAUAUGUAAACAUAACAAUAUUGUGCUUAGGAAAUUGUUUGUUCAUUUCAGUGAUAACCUAGCUUCUGCCGAGUCCCCAACAACCGGAUGUUCUGGUUUUCAGGAGAAAUGGAAAGCGAGCCUGUGACGCAACUUCCGCUUUUGGACUUUUACAAGGCGACGCUCCAUCUUAACUCCUCCACAUUUACUGGAUUGGUUGAACAGUGCAGAAUAGAACCUCCCCGGACAAUAUUUUUUCUUCUCGUCAAGACCAGUAUGUAGGGGAUCUAGUUUCAGGUGUUUCUUUUAUGCCUGCUACGUUACAUUAAUGAUAACCAAAUUUGUAGGAGCUGAGAAUUAGUUGAGAAUUCCUCUGAAGUUAAUGACAACAGCUUACCGGCUUGAUUGUUGGCUUAUAUAUUUCAAAAUGUACUUAUGAGGAUUUGGAAAUUACACAUUUCAAUAAAGAACUCUUUUUUUUUAAACACA